AUGGCGAGCAACCCUGUGCAACGGCCACUGUCCGAAGUGAGCCCCAUGGCCCAACGACGGAACUCCCCCAGUUGGAACCAAAGUACCAAGACAAUGAAGUCUCACGACGCAUCCCCAUAUGAGGGGCCUGCAUCGCCGCGCCUCUUCUGGCAGGGUCGCGAGUCGGCGUCGCCGUUCCAACGAAGCUUGGAGAACCAGAGCCCCUACGAGCCUGACGCGUCCUUCACGCCGUCUAAGCGCCCCUCCCUCGAGAAUCUCAAGCGCGCAUCCCGAGUAAAAAACAGUAACAUGUUCCGCGAUCACAACCAGGAGUACGACCCCACAAAUGUUUACGUCCCGCAGAGACCCUUGGUCACAAGUCGCCCGGCACCGAAGCCGCUGCAAACUGCAUCCCCGACGCGGCAACCAGAGAACCAGGACAUCGGGCCCAGACCCCCAUCCCCAAGCAAGGACCAAGUUCCCCCCGCGAAAUCAUCUCUGUCUCGAGCGAGCCGCUUUGGGUUCAAGGAUGCAGGGUUCGACCCCGAAAAUGAGAUCUGGUCCGACAUCGAUGGAAGUCGCCAUGCCAAGAGUGUCACGUUCGACGCCGCUCCACCGCAAGUCAACGAGUACGAAAUGACCACUCCGGACCCUUCUUCCAUUGCAUCGGGCUCCCGUGAAGGAAGCUACGAAUCGGAAGAAGACGAAGGUGAUGUGAGCUUCGAUCGCGAAUCUUCCCUCGACCGGGAUGACAGCUUUGAUGCUUCAUUGGAAGAUCUGGAGAAAACCCCUGUUGUUUUGCCGGAAGACUGGCGCUACAUGAGCCCGGCCAUCGCGAAUGACGAUCUCGUGAAGGAGGAUGAGGAUCCAUUCACGGAGGAUGAAGAUGAUCACAGCCCCGAUCCCCAGCCGUCCACGCGACAGGAACCUCCCGUGCAGCAUUCUCGCGUCGAGUCUCUGGAUUCGAAUGGCGAGCGCCGUCCACUGCCACCCCUUCCACCUGCUAGUCGUCCGUCAUUUACUAAUCGGACUUCGUCCCCAGGCAAGCUGGCUGCAGCGUUUGAGCUUGGAAGCGGUGGGCAGCGAGUUUUGCCGUCUCCUCCGGGCCCUGCGACUUACAGCAAGUCAGAUAUCACUGAUCACGCUCGUACAUCUAUGUCGUUGGAGGACAGAUUGCGUCUGAUGAUGAUCCAGAAAAACGAAAGCAAGAACCAGGAUCCAGAGCAUGAAACUGUCCAGCCGCCCAAGCCACACUCCGAACAUGCAGGUGAUGAAGAGCAUACCGACUGCGAAGCACAGGACAAGGAUUCCAAUGCGGAUGAGGUUCCCGAGAACCCGGUUGAAGAGGAUGCCGAUGUCUUCUCUGCUCCCCGCAUCUCCAGGGAUUCAAUUCUUCGCGACCUUCGCAAGAGUGAGAGUGAAAGCUAUCUCGAUGACUCGUUCGAAGAUGCGUCCCAGCUGGAAUCGAGUCCCCACCACUAUGACCAUUAUGACCCUGAUGUUCCAAUUCCAUCCCUAGAGGACGAUGAAGAUGAUGAUGAUGACAGCCACGACGAUGACGAUGAUGACCAAAGCAGCGUGGUGAUCAAGCCCGAAGAGCACGAUGAUGAUCUUUAUGACGUUCCAGAGUAUUAUGAAACGGUAGAUUCUAAGGAGUCUUUGAACGACGAUGUGGCUGGUGAUGACGAGAGUUGCCGGUCAAGCAUGCCGUUGGAAGAUGACGACCUAACACCGCAGGGCGAACCGCAGGGUUUCGAAGACUUGGACAGACACUCCACACCGGUGCCCGUGUUGCCCGAUGAGGCGCCUGCGCUACAACCUACAACCGAAACGGAGCCGGAGCACAACGCUAAUGAGCUGUCCGCCUCUAAGAUGGAGGCCAUGCGGGAAUCGCUGCAGCGACCGGUGACGCCGGACAACCACGACCAGGUAUCGGAGCCCUCGACUCCUGAGUCGGUCAUUCGACACCCAAUUGAUGAAGAGGGCGAAUACAGUGGCAGCGACGACAGCGACCGCGAAAUGUCGCCUGACGAAAGUGUACCCGAUCCUAUCGCGACGGUCAAAGCCCCUGGAACAGGCCUGAAGACUCGUCCAUCUCUGACCCCAGCUGACAUGGAGCAAAUGGCUGCGACCCGUCGCCAGGUCAGCGGGCAGCUUCCUCCGCCGAUGCCCCAGCUCACUAAACAGACCUCAAACGAGUCCAAGGGCUCCGCCCCUGACGAUGAUGCUCCAGCCCAUACCGCGAAGGAACAUACCCAAAGACAACCCAGUCUCAUGAAGCUAGAUAUCCCCUUCAGCAUCCAGGAGGAAAGCCUUGGAUUUGGCCUGGACAAAGAAUUCGAUCGAGUGAUUGAGACCCAAAAGGUGGCGUUUGAACAUUCCCUAUCCCGAUUAGGGCACCUCCCCUCUGUCAUCCACACCCAGGAGACCCCAGACCAUGGACCGGGAGCCCAUCCCUUGACUUUUGGACAAUUGACUAAUCUGAGUGCUCCUAAACAGAGAGGUUACCUUAUGCGGCACAACACGAAGGUCAUCAUCGCCAGCAGUCGGAACGAAGAUGAAACGGCCCCGAACCCAGAAGCUCCCGCGGCGGCUCGGGCUGCACCAACUUCCCGCAAGCCUAGUCAGCAGACCUGGACUACUGUUCCUUGGAACGGCCAAACUCGCCGUGCGAGUAUGAGGACGUCCAGCGGAAUGGUCCGAAAGAAGCCUGUAGCCGGCCCCGUGCCCCCGCUGCCGGGUCAGCAGAGUAGCGUCCAAGAGCCUCCGGCAACCAUUGAGGAGACCGAGCCUGCCCUGAACGGUGCCUUGGAAGAGGGUGAGGAGCGUGGUCGCCUGUUUGUCAAGGUGGUGGGGAUGAAGUAUCUCGACCUGCCUCUCCCACGAGGCGAGAGAUCAUACUUUGCCCUAACCUUGGACAAUGGUCUUCAUUGUGUAACGACGGCUUGGUUGGAACUGGGGAAGACCGCUCCGAUCGGCCAGGAGUUUGAGCUCAUUGUGCAGAAUGAUCUCGAGUUCCAACUGACUCUCCAGAUGAAGGUUGAUGAAGAGAAGCUGCGUGUCCCGGAGCCUCAGCCCACCGCAUCCCCUGCCCGACAGAAGGCCUCUACUUUCAGUCGCGUAUUUGCUUCUCCCCGCAAGCGCAAGGAGCUCGAGAUGAAGCAACAACUUGUAUCUCAGCAAAGCAAGGCCAGAGAUGUCAACGCCCCUGUGUGGGAAAGACUGCGAACUCUUAUCGCCCGGGACGGAAGCUUUGGACGCGCUUAUGUUUCCCUCAGUGACCACGAGAAGCAUGCCUUCGGCCGUCCUUACACGGUCGAUGUGGCCUGUUUCAAUGAGUGGGCCGUGGAGGAACAGCCCAGCAGUGUUAAGAGCAAGAAGAGCACGAACAGCACCGCCUCUCAGCGUCGACCUCCUUACAAGAUUGGCAAGCUAGAGCUUCAGCUACUGUUUGUGCCAAAGCCCAAAGCAGCCAAGGAUGACGAUAUGCCCAAGAGCAUGAAUGCAUGCAUUCGGGAAAUGCGUGAAGCGGAAACUGUCUCUUCUCGCAGUUACGAAGGCUUUCUGUCUCAACAGGGUGGUGACUGCCCGUUCUGGCGCCGUCGCUUCUUCAAGCUUCAGGGUUCCAAGUUGACCGCUUACCAUGAGACUACGCGUCAACCCCGCGCAACCAUCAACCUGUCGAAGGCGGCCAAACUCAUUGACGACCGAUCCUCCCUGAUGCAAAAGGAAACUUCGACUCGGGGUGGUGGUCGCCGCAAGUCUGCUUUUGCCGAAGAGGAGGAGGGCUACAUGUUCGUGGAAGAAGGGUUCCGCAUCCGCUUCGGCAACGGCGAGGUCAUUGAUUUCUACGCCGACAGUGCGGCCGACAAAGAUGGCUGGAUGAAGGUCCUCGCGGAUGCUGUGGGCAAGGGAUCCUCUGGCAGCAGCCAAGCCAAGAUGUGGACGGAGCUGGUUCUCAAGCGCGAGCGGAGCAUGAAGGUGAAGCGGGAAACCACCACCAGCGAUCGGCCGUUGGGCCAAGCCCCUCCGCCGCCGCCCGCCAAGGAUACGGCCAUUCCCACCCCGACGGCGCCGGCGCCGGGCGUGGCCCGCCCUCGACACAAACACACGCAGUCGCAGCCCGACGUUCGCGACGCGGACGCUCGCCGGCAGAAGACGCGCUCUCUGAUGUUCUAAAGUUGACUCCCCCACUUGCCUGUCUGCUUUAAUCCCCUUUGUCUUCUUUUCUCUCUCUCUUUUGCCCUUCUUUUCCCCUUUUUUUUUUUCUCCCGUGUGUUUUCUCUCGUCUUCGGUGUUGGAGUCCAGCCGGCUGCAUUCUCCUUGAAAAUUCCUGCAUCCUGCACUGUUCAUUCUGCC